GGCGCUUAACCUCAUUGGGGUGGAGGAGAAGGCGGCGGCUGUCUGGUCUGCAGCGGCAACAGUAGCGAAUAAUACGGCGAAUGGACUGCUGAAUUAUGAAGAAUUUCAGACCCAAUAGUAGAACCUCACUCAGCUACUCACUCCUUUAUCUCCUACUAGUUAUUUAAAUUGGACUUUUAAUAUCCUACCAGCUGCUCUUCAGACACACAUGGUGCAUUGUUGCCAUUCCCCAGAUUGCAUCUUUGAAACACAGGCUCUUAGUAACUUUCAGCAAACAAAGAGGCAGCCUCCUGGGUACGUUUCCUGGGAGGGUGUCACCCUGACUGCCCUCUAGCUUCUGCUGGAUCUGGAUUUGAAUUCCACCAUGGAGCCUCGCAUGGAGUCCUGCCUGGCACAGGUGUUGCAGAAGGAUGUGGGGAAACGACUGCAGGUUGGCCAAGAACUUAUAGACUAUUUCUCAGACAAACAGAAGUCUGCUGACCUUGAACAUGACCAGACCAUGUUAGAUAAACUUGUGGAUGGGCUUGCUACCUCUUGGGUGAACUCUAGCAAUUACAAGGUGGUUCUUCUCGGCAUGGACAUCCUGUCCGCGCUGGUCACCCGGCUGCAGGAUCGGUUCAAGGCGCAGAUUGGCACAGUGCUGCCAAGUUUAAUAGACAGACUGGGAGAUGCUAAAGACUCUGUGCGAGAGCAAGACCAAACUCUGCUGCUGAAGAUCAUGGAUCAAGCUGCUAAUCCCCAGUACGUGUGGGACCGAAUGCUGGGAGGCUUCAAGCACAAGAAUUUCCGGACUCGGGAAGGCACAUGCCUCUGCCUUGUUGCCACACUCAAUGCCUCUGGAGCGCAUACUUUAACACUAAGCAAGAUUGUGCCACAUAUAUGUAACUUACUUGGAGAUCCAAACAGCCAGGUUCGAGAUGCAGCAAUAAACAGCUUAGUGGAAAUUUACAGACAUGUAGGAGAACGUGUGAGGGCAGAUCUCAGUAAAAAAGGAUUGCCACAAUCCCGGUUGAAUGUAAUUUUUACAAAAUUUGAUGAAGUCCAAAAAUCUGGAAACAUGAUACAAUCAGCAAACGAUAAAAAUUUUGAUGAUGAAGAUUCUGUGGAUGGUAAUAGACCUUCCUCUGCUAGUUCUACAUCAUCCAAAGCUCCACCCAGCUCACGGAGAAACGUUGGAAUGGGGACCACCCGCCGGCUUGGAUCAUCCACCCUUGGAUCCAAGUCUUCAGCUGCAAAAGAAGGAGCGGGUGCUGUUGAUGAGGAGGACUUUAUUAAAGCAUUUGAUGAUGUACCUGUAGUGCAGAUUUAUUCCAGCCGAGACCUUGAGGAAUCCAUAAACAAGAUUAGGGAAAUAUUAUCUGAUGACAAGCAUGAUUGGGAGCAAAGAGUAAAUGCUCUUAAAAAGAUUAGAUCUUUACUUUUGGCUGGUGCUGCUGAGUAUGAUAACUUCUUUCAACAUUUGCGUCUUCUGGAUGGAGCCUUUAAAUUAUCUGCUAAGGACCUGCGGUCUCAGGUAGUGCGGGAGGCUUGUAUCACGCUGGGGCAUCUGUCAUCAGUUCUGGGAAAUAAGUUUGACCAUGGAGCUGAAGCCAUUAUGCCAACCAUCUUUAAUUUAAUUCCAAAUAGUGCCAAAAUUAUGGCCACUUCUGGUGUUGUAGCUGUUAGGUUAAUCAUUCGGCACACACACAUCCCUAGGCUAAUACCUGUCAUAACAAGCAACUGUACCUCUAAGUCUGUUGCAGUUAGAAGACGCUGCUUUGAAUUUUUAGAUUUACUUUUACAAGAGUGGCAGACACAUUCACUGGAACGACAUAUAUCAGUAUUAGCCGAAACAAUAAAGAAGGGAAUACAUGAUGCAGAUUCCGAAGCAAGGAUAGAAGCCAGAAAGUGCUACUGGGGUUUUCACAGUCACUUCAGCAGAGAAGCAGAGCACUUGUACCACACCCUCGAGUCAUCCUACCAGAAAGCCCUACAGUCCCACCUAAAGAACUCGGACAGCAUCGUAUCGCUGCCGCAGUCCGACCGCUCAUCCUCAAGCUCUCAGGAGAGUCUGAACCGGCCACUCUCUGCCAAAAGAAGUCCUACUGGAAGCACCACCUCUAGAGCUUCUACAGUUAGUACCAAAUCUGUGUCAACGACUGGAUCCCUCCAGCGAUCUCGAAGUGAUAUUGAUGUGAACGCAGCAGCCAGUGCCAAGUCCAAGGUGUCCUCAGCCUCGGGUACUACGCCUUUCAGCUCUGCAGCAGCCUUGCCUCCGGGGUCAUAUGCAUCCUUAGAAUCCAGACACGUGAGGGAAGAUACGGAGUCCGUAGGCCUUGAAGCAGGUCGGAUCCGCACAAGACGUCAGAGUUCCGGGAGUGCCACCAACGUCGCUACCACCCCGGACAAUCGAGGCCGCAGUCGCGCCAAAGUGGUUUCACAGUCCCAGCCUGGCAGCCGGUCAAGUUCCCCAGGGAAACUGUUGGGAAGUGGUUAUGGAGGCCUUGCUGGGGGUUCGUCAAGAGGCCCACCUGUGACCCCCUCUUCAGAAAAACGAAGCAAGAUUCCCAGGAGUCAGGGAUGUAGCCGAGAAACAAGUCCAAACCGAAUAGGAUUAGACCGGUUUGGGCUUGGCCAGGCAGGAAGAAUACCUGGCUCUGUGAACGCCAUGCGAGUUUUGAGCACGAGUACAGACCUUGAAGCUGCCGUUGCUGAUGCUUUGCUGUUAGGAGACUCCAGGAGCAAGAAGAAGCCUGUGAGGAGGAGGUACGAGCCGUAUGGGAUGUAUUCUGAUGACGACGCCAACAGUGAUGCCUCGAGUGUCUGCUCUGAGCGCUCCUAUGGCUCUAGGAAUGGUGGCAUUCCCCAUUAUCUGCGGCAGACAGAGGACGUGGCAGAAGUUCUCAACCACUGUGCCAGUUCCAACUGGUCAGAAAGGAAAGAAGGGCUUCUAGGCCUGCAGAACCUACUGAAGAGCCAAAGAACACUGAGUCGAGUAGAAUUGAAAAGGUUGUGUGAGAUCUUCACCCGAAUGUUUGCUGACCCUCACAGCAAGGUUUUCAGUAUGUUUUUGGAGACUCUUGUGGAUUUUAUAAUAAUUCACAAGGAUGACUUACAAGACUGGCUUUUUGUUCUUCUCACACAAUUACUUAAGAAAAUGGGAGCAGAUUUACUUGGAUCUGUGCAAGCAAAAGUUCAGAAGGCUCUAGAUGUCACGAGGGACUCCUUUCCAUUUGAUCAACAAUUUAACAUUUUGAUGAGAUUUAUUGUGGAUCAAACUCAAACUCCUAACCUCAAGGUCAAAGUUGCAAUCCUGAAGUACAUUGAGUCCCUCGCUCGGCAGAUGGAUCCAACAGACUUUGUAAACUCUAGUGAGACGAGGCUUGCUGUAUCUAGAAUUAUAACCUGGACGACAGAACCAAAGAGUUCAGACGUGAGAAAGGCAGCACAAAUUGUGCUCAUCUCUCUGUUUGAAUUGAACACUCCUGAAUUUACCAUGUUACUUGGUGCCUUGCCAAAAACAUUCCAGGAUGGUGCCACCAAACUCCUGCAUAACCACCUCAAGAAUGCUAGCAACACCAGUGUGGGCUCUCCGAGCAAUACAAUUGGCCGGACUCCCUCCCGACACACCAGCAGCAGGACCAGCCCCUUGACCUCACCCACCAACUGUUCCCAUGGGGGCCUAUCUCCCAGCAUGCUGGAGUAUGAUACAGAGAACCUGAACUCUGAAGAAAUUUAUAGUUCUCUGCGUGGAGUUACAGAAGCCAUUGAAAAGUUUAGUUUUCGAAGUCAAGAGGAUCUGAACGAGCCAAUUAAAAGAGAUGGCAAGAAGGACUGUGAUACUGUGUCCCGCGAUGGUGGAGUUGCCUCGCCUGCCACUGAGGGUCGGGGAGGCAGCGAUGUGGUGGAAGGAGGCAGAACGGCUCUGGAUAACAAGACAUCCCUCCUCAACACCCAGCCUCCACGUGCCUUCCCGGGGCCGCGAGUGCGAGACUAUAAUCCCUAUCCCUACUCCGACACCAUCAACACCUAUGACAAGACAGCCCUGAAGGAGGCCGUGUUUGAUGAUGACAUGGAGCAGCUUCGAGAUGUGCCCAUUGACCAUUCUGACUUGGUGGCCGACCUCCUGAAAGAGCUGUCCAACCACAACGAGCGGGUAGAGGAACGGAAAGGCGCCCUGCUGGAGCUGCUCAAGAUCACCCGGGAAGACAGCCUGGGCGUCUGGGAGGAACAUUUCAAGACCAUUCUGCUCCUGCUGCUGGAGACGCUCGGGGAUAAAGAUCAUUCCAUCCGAGCACUAGCACUGAGAGUUUUACGGGAAAUUCUGAGAAACCAGCCAGCAAGAUUUAAAAACUACGCCGAGCUGACCAUUAUGAAGACUCUGGAAGCCCAUAAAGAUUCCCAUAAGGAGGUGGUGAGAGCUGCCGAAGAGGCGGCAUCCACACUGGCCAGCUCCAUCCACCCAGAGCAGUGCAUCAAAGUCCUCUGCCCCAUCAUCCAGACCGCCGACUACCCCAUCAACCUCGCUGCCAUCAAGAUGCAGACCAAAGUCGUUGAGAGGAUCGCCAAGGAGUCCUUGCUACAGCUCCUUGCCGACAUCAUCCCGGGCUUGCUACAGGGUUAUGACAACACCGAAAGUAGUGUGCGUAAGGCCAGCGUGUUUUGCUUAGUGGCAAUUUAUUCCGUAAUUGGAGAAGAGCUGAAACCUCACCUUGCCCAGCUCACAGGGAGCAAGAUGAAGCUACUAAACUUAUAUAUAAAGAGGGCCCAAACCACGAACAGCAACAGUAGCUCCUCCUCUGAUGUGUCCACACACAGCUAAUGGCGCGCCAGAGUCUCUUCGUGUAGCCCUAGAAGCAAUCGGUGGUGCCUCUCAGAGACCUUCCCCCACCUUCCCCCUCAUCGGCUGCCCAGUCAGUACAAGGAGGCCCGCAAAUAUUUAUUACAAUCAGUAUUUUGGUCCCUUCCAGCUUUUGUGUAGAAUCUUACUGGUAUUGAAUGUAAAGGAAGCAAGGCCUGUAUUGCAGUCUUCAUACAAAACGAAUGGAAAAAGAAAAGAGCCAUACUUAAACACGUCUUGUACAGCCUGCUGAGACCAUAAAACCAUGUGUGUGGGGUGCAGUUUUAAAAAAUCAGAGCUCUCUAGCCAAUACUUGGUAGAAAGUAGCAUUUUCUCUUAGUUAAUCACAUUUGAGGACGGUCUGUUAAUUUGUGCUUCUCUCUCGUCUUCGCUUACUUCCUCCUGGAUUUGGCUUAUGAUGCCAGGAAAGGAUCAUCCGUCUUUCAGUUGUAUCGUGAGACCUACUAAGAACAGGAGUCAAGUCUUGGCAAGAAGAGAAAAGCCUGGAGAUGGUUUUGUAACAGCUGCAUGGGAUUUUGCUUGUACACUAUGUAGACUGGAGGCCCAGGGCCCCCUCUGCAGGCUCCUUCCAGGACGGGCUCCCCACCCCUCCAAACGCUCCGCUCAUGCUGGCCCCACCUGCAGCUUCCAGUUGAAAGAAUUCUUUCAUUUAAACCCAAACACAAAAAUCAAGGUAAAUCUGUAGCGUCCACUCAUGGGUGCCUAACAUGGCCCUUAAUGAAGCAUGGAAGGUACGAGAGGAAGUGUGUGUGUGUGUGUGUGUGUGUGUUCACGUGCGCGUGUUGCACUAGUCAGAUCUUGGGCAGACACUAUGCAGACAGGGCCUCUGCCACCCCCCAGCGCUUGGUGGUUUGGAUUUCCAGAUUUAGCACCGUCUGUCUUCCUCCCACCCCCAGCCUCUGCCUAAGCUGCUCCAUUCUGGAACGUUCUUAGUCUGGUCAGUGGCAGCUCUGCCAUCCUGGUCUUGACUUCUUGGUUUCAUUUGGGAUUAAGAUCGAAGAAAAGUCCAGAGAGACCAGGUAUCAGAGUUUUUUUUUUUUUUUUUUUAAUUGUAUAGACAGAAGUACUUCCUGGCUCAUCGGUUGAAAUAGUCUUUGUUUAAGAUAAAAGUAAUUUGGCGGCCGGCAAAUUACAGAGAAGCAGGACCUGGAACCCAGUUUUAAAAUCUGUUUCCUUUUCUCCAAUGAGAAAGUACCAGAGAAACUACCCUUCUCAAAAAUUUUUCUCAAGGGUUUGAUUGUUCAGUAAAAGGAACUAUAGAUUUGGAAUCUGGUUAAAUACAUUUUGAACAAAAUUCUUAAGGCCAAAUGGAAAUCCUUGAUGCCAUCACAAAGCCUUCUAUCCUCUCUCUCCCUGGAACUGGUUUUUCCCUCAGGAAAAUGCCUCUCCUGGUGGUAUUUUUUAAGGAGGUCUUUGCUGUCCUGAUGCAGAAUUCUCUGCAGCCCGCAGCACAGUGGCAGAGACUGGGACGGCGUCCGCUGACCUCCGCGGAGCCCUCUGCCCCCAGCCUCCAGCAUGUAUUGGAAGUUGUAACACUAGCGCGCAUCGCUCAGUUUCCUUUGGAAUUUAGUUUCAAUACUUUAUUUGGAACUAGGCACUGAAAUUGAAGGUUCAGGAACAGUGAAGCUAGGGUGCCUUCACUGAGAGAGAGAGUGAGUGUGUGUGUGUGUGUGUGUGUGUAUCGGGGUAUCUUGCACAUGGAGGGAAGUACCCCACUGCUGCUGUCAAAGGAACUUCAGGGGUGCAUUUUAAGUGGUUGAAUAUUAUUGACUUAUUUUUGGCUCAGAACAUAGCAGGACCAGGCCUUACUUUCAUUGAUAAAUACCGUUUGUUAAUAUUUCACUAAUGAGAUUUCAUUUUUACACUCGACAAGUGAGUCAGGGCACCUUUUGAUUCCUCCUCUGUUGUAGAAACGUGCACUCUGGCUAGGUUAUUUAUGAGUUCUUUUACAAAACCUGACCCGUUUGGAAAGACCUUUCUCCUUGACCUCUCGGACUCCGUGGCCUCACGGUCCCCCACUGCCUGCAGUUGGGAAGAAUCUUGAACAUUGCUGAAUGUCCUCAUAGUACUCACAAAGGGCUAGCCUUGAAUGUCACUCCCCCAACCUUCAAUCUCCCGACCUAGAGAGAGAUACAAUCACUGACAGGUCUCUUGGCCUCAAUCAAAACCGCUGCCCUCACCGGGGAGACUCGCAUGCCACCACCACCUCACGGGGAGGGAGCCGCACCCACCGCCGCUGCCACCCUCCGAAUCCGAAUCUGGACAGCAGCCGCUGCCUCGCCUUGCCGCCGCCUCCCUGCAGGCCUCCCAUUGAGCCGAAACACCACAAAAGAGCAAAACCCCAAAACUGCAAAACUUUGUUUGCCUCCCUCUUCACCCGCCCAUCCAGGACCCCCAAGGGACCCACGCGGCCCUCCCGCUGGGGCCCCUGUGCCUGGCUCCUGCUUCUCUGGCUGUGGCACAGGCCUGCGGGCUAAGGCCCAGGGUGGGCGCGCAGCUCCUUGGAGUAUACAGGCUGCGUGCGCCUUACUGGGCAGCCCGGGACUGCCUCCCUGUGGCUCCCACUGGCUUACCCUCCCCUGUGCAGGUGAUGCAGCUGAUUCUGGUCUCAUCAGUCCUUUUCUUUCCCUGCCGCCCUUUAUUUAUCAAGCAUAAUACUACACGUUAACAGCAAAUAAGAACUUUGUAGAAUCCCACCAGGACUUUGCUAACAAUGAUGUUUGGAAAUGAGAAAAAAACGCUCUGAAAACUAUCAGCCACCAAAAUAGUUUUGUCAGCACUGUGUUCACACGCAUGGUCCCCAUACCCCCAGGUUGGGUUUUUGGGUUUUGUUUUUGUUUUUUGGGGGCUUUUCAUGUUACAUCCAUAUCUGUAUUUAUAUCUUUUUUGUUUCACUUUCAAGUGUAUCAUGGCAAAUGUACAGAUUUUUUUUUUGUUAAUAAUGUGCUAGGAUUUGCUAAAAAAGAAAACAACAACAAAAAAAAAAACCCUUUUGAGUUUGCCCUAGAAUAAAUGAAACUUAAUUCA